UUUCUCAGCCGUCAGUGAUUUAUUUCGCACAGGGAGCGUGCGCGCGAGGAGCGCGUAGGAACCCCUUGUUGAUUGUUCUGUUUCUGGUCGGACUGGAUCGUGGCGGGACCGGAAACAUGGCGUUCAACUUCGGCGGCGCGUCCAGCAGCGCGAGUCUUUCUGGCACAGGCUUCGGAGCCACGACCACGACAUCCGCUCCAACAGGCUUCGGCUUUGGAUCGGGCGGCACUGGAUUUGGCCCCGCUGCACCUGUUAGUUUUGGGGGCUUCGGUUUGGGCCCUGCGGCCCCUGUGCUCAGUUUUGGCAGUAGCCUCAGUGGAGCAGGUGCGUCCGGGGGGUUCGGCACAACCACGACCUCCGCCGGUGGAACCAGCUUCAGUUUCUCCACGCCGGCAAACACAGGUGUGAGUCUCUUCGGGAACACGCAGACUAAAGGCUUUGGUUUCUCGUCCGGUCUGGGCUCGAGUGCAGGUCUGGGCGGUGCUGGACUGGGCUUCGGAGGAUUCGGUGGAAUCCAGCCCACUCAGAACCAGACGGGAGGCCUAUUUAACCAGCAGGCGUCUCAGUCCAGUCAGCUUUUUAACACAGCCAGCGCUCUCUCUGCUCCGUCGGUCCUCAGUGAUGAGCGUGACUCUAUUCUGGCUCGAUGGAACCAGCUGCAGGCUUUCUGGGGCGUCGGGAAGGGCUACUACAGCAGCAGCACUCCGCCGGUGGAGUUCAGCCCAGAGAACCCCUUCUGCCGCUUUAAGGCGGUGGGCUACAGCUGUGUUCCUGACGUGAAGGAUGAGGAUGGUUUAGUGGCUCUGGCUCUCAACAAGAAGGAAGCUGACGUUCGCUCUCAGCAGCAGCAGCUGGUCGAGUCGAUGCACAAGGUUCUGGGAGGAAACCCAACUUUGACGGUCAACGUGGACGGAGUGCGAGCGCUGCCCGAUGACCAAACGGAGAUGAUCAUUUAUCUGGUAGAACGCUCUCCGAAUGGCACAUCGAAGCGGGUCCCAGCCUCCACACUCUACAGCUACAUGGAGCAGUUGAAUGUAAAGUCAGCUCUGCAGCAGCUGGGCGUCCUGAUGGCGGUCAGUCGCACCGCACUGACCCCGGCGCAGCUCAAGCAGCUGCUGCAGAACCCCCCCGCAGGUGUGGAUCCCAUCAUCUGGGAACAGGCCAAAGUGGACAAUCCAGACCCAGAGAAGUUGAUUCCGGUGCCUAUGGUGGGCUUUAAAGAGCUACUGCGCAGACUGAAGAUCCAGGAUCAGAUGACCAAACAGCACCAGACCAGAGUAGAUAUCAUCUCUAACGACAUCAGCGAGCUGCAGAGGAAUCAGGCCACGACUGCUGCCAAGAUCACACAGUACAAACGCAAGCUGAUGGACCUCUCACACAGAGUGCUGCAGGUGUUGAUUAAACAGGAAGUUCAGAGGAAGAGUGGUUACGCCAUUCAGCUGGACGAGGAACACCUGAGAGUUCAACUGGAAACCAUCCAAUCAGAGCUCAACGCUCCCACACAGUUCAAGGGGCGACUGAAUGAACUCAUGUCUCAGAUUCGAAUGCAGAAUCAUUUUGGAGCCGUUCGUUCAGAAGAGCGUUACCGCGUUGAUGCCGACCUUCUGAGAGAAAUCAGACAGCAUCUGAAGCACCAGCAGGAGGGUUUGAGUCACCUGAUCAGCGUAAUUAAAGACGAUCUGGACGACAUCAAGAUGAUAGAAGACGGGCUUCUUGACAGCGUUCACGGACGCAGCAGCAAACUCAGCUGACCCAGGUCAGAUCACGUCAGCUCACGUCUCCUGAACCUUUCCUAACAUCCGAGCGUGAGGAAAAAAAAUCAGACAGAAUCAGAGGAUGGAGACAUGAUCGCUGGAGUGGCACAUUUAUUUUUACUUAAACUUGUGAAUGUGUGCCUUUUGAUCAGCUGGUGUGUUUUACUGUGUCUAUGUUUGAUUAAUAAAGUUUCACUUUAUGAA